CUGUUCGAGUGCUCCACCCCCCUAAUUCCUUCACGCCUUUUCUCUUUCUCCGUUUCUCGAACAAGGAGGAGGAGGAGAAGAAGAAGAAGAGGAGGAAAUAGUAAAGAGAAUCUCCAUUUCCGGCCGAGGUGCUUGCCGUUGGCAAACAUUCUCGUCUUCUCUUCCGGCGAUCGAGUCCUGAUCGAGCCUGCCGCUUGCUUCCGGUUAGUCUCCGCUCAGCCCUGUGUAUCUCGCGCGGGAAUAUUCCUCAGUUAGCAUAAGGUAUGGCAGAGACAGAGGAAAUUCAGCCCCUUGUUGUUGACAAUGGAACAGGAAUGGUCAAGGCUGGUUUUGCUGGAGAUGAUGCUCCAAGGGCAGUCUUCCCUAGUAUUGUGGGGCGACCUAGGCAUGCUGGUGUUAUGGUAGGCAUGGGACAGAAAGAUGCCUACGUCGGGGAUGAAGCGCAAUCCAAGAGAGGUAUUCUUACACUGAAGUACCCUAUUGAACAUGGGAUUGUUAGCAACUGGGACGAUAUGGAGAAGAUCUGGCACCACACUUUCUAUAACGAGCUUCGUGUUGCCCCCGAGGAGCACCCCGUGCUCCUUACUGAAGCGCCACUCAAUCCCAAGGCAAACCGAGAGAAGAUGACACAGAUCAUGUUCGAAACCUUCAAUGUGCCUGCGAUGUAUGUCGCCAUACAGGCCGUCCUCUCCCUCUAUGCAAGUGGCCGUACUACAGGUAUUGUGCUUGAUUCAGGUGAUGGAGUGAGUCACACUGUUCCCAUCUAUGAAGGGUAUGCACUUCCACAUGCCAUCCUUCGGCUUGACCUUGCCGGGAGGGACUUAACAGAUGCCUUGAUGAAGAUCUUGACCGAGCGAGGUUAUUCAUUUACCACAACUGCUGAACGCGAAAUUGUCCGAGACAUUAAAGAAAAGCUUGCCUAUGUUGCACUUGAUUAUGAGCAGGAGCUCGAAGCUGCUAAAAACAGUUCAUCAAUCGAGAAGAGCUACGAGUUACCUGAUGGGCAGGUAAUAACAAUUGGAGCUGAAUGUUUCCGAUGUGCUGAAGUCCUGUUCCAACCCUCGCUAAUUGGGAUGGAAUCCCCAGGAGUCCAUGAGACCACGUAUAACUCGAUCAUGAAGUGUGAUGUCGAUAUAAGGAAGGACCUCUAUGGGAAUAUUGUGCUCAGUGGGGGGUCGACCAUGUUCCCCGGCAUUGCUGAUCGUAUGAGCAAGGAGAUCACUGCUCUUGCGCCGAGCAGCAUGAAGAUCAAGGUGGUAGCUCCUCCUGAGAGGAAGUACAGUGUGUGGAUAGGAGGUUCCAUUCUCGCUUCACUCAGUACAUUCCAGCAGAUGUGGAUAUCAAAGGCAGAGUACGAUGAAUCGGGGCCAUCUAUUGUUCACAGAAAGUGCUUUUAGACAUCUUCUUAACAUACUAUAUCAAGGCGGCGCCCUCGCAUUUAAUGGUGGUGGAUUGUCUGAGUGCGUGAUGGUUUGUUUGGCUUGGUUUGAAAUUUUUGAUCGUUCCAUAUAUCAAAGUCAUGGGAGCUAUGUACCUCUAUAUGGAUGUAAUUACUCAUAAGUCUGCUUGGUUGUGUUGGAUUGGAAAUUUGGAUGCGCUCAUCCAUCCUAGCUGGGAAUUUGGAGUUAGAUUGCAAUGGCAAUUUUUCCUGUUGCAUUUUUUGCCUC